GGGCCCGAGGAAAACUACAUUUCCCAGGAGGCAACAGGGCCUGCCAUGUUUUCCCGUGCUUCUCUCGGCCACUCGCCCGACACGCCGUCGGCGCUAUAGCAACGGUUAGCUACCCGCGGGGAGAGAGUGGCGAUAGGCCAUGUCUGAUCCAACUGAUGAGACUGCAGGAGACCUGCCUGUGAAAGAUACAGGUCCAAACCUCUUUGGAAUGGGAGGGUUACAAGAAACUUCAACAAGGACAAUGAAAUCUCGCCAGGCGGUGUCUCGUGUCAGCCGGGAGGAACUGGAAGACAGAUUUUUGCGUUUGCAUGAUGAGAACAUUUUACUUAAACAGCAUGCCCGCAAGCAAGAGGAUAAAAUUAAAAGAAUGGCCACCAAGUUAAUACGGCUAGUUAAUGACAAGAAAAGAUAUGAGCGGGUUGGUGGCGGCCCCAAGCGGCUGGGACGUGAUGUGGAAAUGGAAGAAAUGAUUGAACAGCUGCAAGAGAAAGUUCAUGAGCUUGAAAGACAAAAUGAAGUUCUCAAAAACAGACUAAUUUCAGCCAAACAGCAACUUCAAAUCCAGGGUUACAGGCAAACUCCAUACAAUCAUGUGCAAUCUCGUGUGAAUACUGGGCGUAGAAAAGUGAAUGAAAAUGCAGGCUUACAAGAAUGCCCUCGGAAAGGUAUUAGAUUCCAAGAUGUUGAUGUAGCAGAAACUCUACAACCCACGCUUACAAAACAUGGCAACAGUUUACUUGAAGAAGCCAGAGGAGAAAUAAGAAAUUUAGAAAAUGUUAUUCAGUCACAGAGAGGCCAGAUAGAAGAGUUAGAGCACUUGGCUGAGAUCCUGAAAACUCAGUUGCAAGGGAAAGAAAAUGAAAUUGAGUUAUCUCUUCUUCAGCUUCGAGAACAGCAGGCCACGGAUCAAAGGUCAAACAUUCGGGACAAUGUAGAAAUGAUUAAGCUUCAUAAGCAACUAGUGGAGAAAAGCAAUGCUCUUUCAGUAAUGGAAGGAAAAUUUAUUCAGCUUCAAGAGAAGCAGAGAACUCUGAGGAUCAGCCAUGAUGCCUUGGUGGCAAAUGGAGAGGAGCUAGGUCAGCAACUUAAAGAGCAGCGUUUAAAAUGCUGCGGUCUUGAGAAACAGUUACACUCCGUGACGUUUUCUGAAAGGAGACUCGAAGAGCUGCAAGAUAGAAUUAAUGAUUUAGAAAAGGAACGGGAACUCCUAAAAGAAAACUAUGAUAAACUUUAUAACAGUGCCUUCAGCGCGACCCAUGAAGAGCAGUGGAAGUUAAAGGAACAGCAGCUGAAAGUUCAGAUUGCUCAGCUCGAGACUGCCUUAAAAUCUGACUUAACAGACAAAACCGAAAUCCUUGACAGAUUAAAAACUGAAAGAGACCAAAAUGAGAAACUGAUGCAAGAAAAUAGAGAACAACAGUUACAGUGUCUGGAACAAAAGCAACAACUUGAUGAACUUAAAAACCGCAUGAAGUUUUACAACCAGGAGAGUGAUAUUAAUGCUGAUGAACUGAGUGAAGCUCUCCUGCUUAUAAAGGCUCAAAAGUCACAAAAAAAUGGAGACCUUUCCUUUUUAGAGAAAGUAGACAAUAAAAUCAGUAAAGAUCUAGAACGUUCCAUGAGAGAGCUGCAAGCAACUCAUGCAGAAACAGUGCAAGAACUUGAAAAGACAAGAAACAUGCUAAUUAUGCAACAUAAAAUUAAUAAAGAUUAUCAGAUGGAAGUUGAGGCAGUGACCCAGAAGAUGGAAAAUUUGCAGCAAGAUUAUGAACUCAAAGUGGAACAAUAUGUUCAUCUUCUUGAUCUCAGGGCUGCACGUAUCCAGAAGCUGGAAGCUCAAUUAAAGGAUAUUGCCUAUGGCACCAAACAGUACAAAUUUAAACCAGAAAUCAUGCCAGACGACUCUGUUGAUGAAUUUGAUGAAACCAUUCACUUAGAACGAGGCGAAAACUUAUUUGAAAUCCAUAUCAGCAAAGUAACCUUUUCUUCUGAAGUUUUACAGGCAUCUGGUGAUACGGAGCCUGUCACUUUCUGUACCUAUGCUUUCUAUGACUUUGAACUACAGACAACUCCCCUAGUGCGAGGUCUUCACCCAGAAUAUAACUUUACUUCUCAGUAUCUUGUUCACGUGAAUGACUUAUUUUUACAAUAUAUUCAGAAGAAUACUGUCACUCUUGAGGUCCACCAAGCAUGCCGCACAGAUUAUGAAACAGUUGCAGCAUGUCAGUUGAGAUUCCAUGAAAUUCUCGAAAAAAGUGGUCGAAUAUUUUGCACAGCAAGUUUGGUUGGAACUAAAAGAGGCAUCCCAAAUUUUGGCACAGUGGAAUACUGGUUCCGAUUAAGAGUUCCCAUGGACCAAGCAAUUCGACUUUAUCGAGAACGGGCAAAGGCUUUGGGAUAUAUAACAUCAAAUUUUAAGGGGCCAGAGCAAACGCAGUGGUUAAGUCAGCAAGCAUCCAAAACUACUCAGCUUAGUUCUACCGACCGCGCCGAUGGCAACUUAAACGAACUUCAUGUUACAGUGAGAUGUUGCAACCGCCUGCCGUCCCGAGCGAGCCACCUGCAGCCACACCCAUAUGUCGUGUACCAGUUUUUUGAUUUUGCAGACCAUGAUACAGCCAUCAUCCCCAGUAGCAAUGAUCCACAGUUUCAUGAUCACGUGUGUUUCCCGGUGCCAAUGACUACGGACUUGGAUCGAUACCUUAAGUCAGAGUCUCUGAGUUUUUAUGUGUUUGAUGAUAGUGAUACCCAAGAGAAUAUUUACAUAGGAAAAGCCAAUGUGCCUCUGAUCUCAUUGGCACAUGACAGGUAUAUCUCAGGAAUAUUUAAGUUAAGAAACCAUGAAAAGCAUCCUGCGGGAACCAUUCAUGUUACACUGAAGUGGAAAUUUGCUUACCUUCCGCCAAGUGGAUCCAUAACAACUGAAGACUUAGGAAAUUUCCUGCACAAAGAAGAGUCAGAAGUUGUGCAAAGAGUACCUCAAGCAUCCUCUGUUAGCACGUUAGUUGUCGCACCAACACCUAAACCAAGGCAACGUCUAACACCUGUAGAUAAGAAGGUGUCUUUUGUGGAUAUCGCACCACAUCAGAGUUCUGAGACUUCUGCUCCUCCUGAAAGUAGAAAGGAAAUUUCACCAGAAGUGGAACAUACACCAGAAGUAGAUACUAAUGUGCCAACUGUUUCACAUAUUCACGAGGAUUCUCAAGAAAGCUGUGUAGAUAAGGUAAAAGACAAUACUGAGAAAAUGCAACAAGGAAAAGAUGAUGAUGUGUCUUUACUAUCCGUGGGUCAGCUUGCAGAACGAAGUUUGAGUUCUUCUGAAUAUGAAACAGAAAUAACUGAGGAAUUGGAGCCAGAAGAUGAAGAAGACAGAUCAGCUUCUGACAGUGAUGAGUGUAUUGUCCCAGGUCCUACCUCCAAGAAUAUCAAGCAGAUGUCAGACGAAAUUCGAAUUGAAAUCAUAGCUCUAAGACUUAAUGAUUCCCGAGUAACCGCGGAUGACACUAUCCAAAGGCUCUUCAUAGAAUACCGAUUCUACAGUCUUCCUGCGGAGGAGACACCUGUGUCACUCCCCAAACCCAAGAGUGGGCAGUGGGUCUACUACAACUAUAGCAAUGUGAUCUACGUGGAUGAAGAAAACAACCAAGCAAAGAGAGACAUCUUAAAAGCUAUACUACAAAAACAAGAGAUGCCUAACAGAAGUAUUCGCUUCACGGUGGUCAGUGACCCACCCGAGGAGGAGCAGGAGCUGGAGUGUGAGGACAUCGGCGUUGCCAACGUCGACCUCGCCGCUGUGUUCCAGGAAGGGGCAGACGUCAUCGCGCAAGAUAUCGAUGUGCUGGACGCCCGAGCAGAUGGUGGAGGUAUUGGCCAGCUCAAAGUAACAGUCGAAGCAGUGCAGGCCCUGCGGUCCGUCCACGAGCAGUGCAGACAGGACCUGGAGGCUUGAAAGGAGCUGCUCCGGAGGCGGCUCCUACUCCUGAGUCGAGGCCCACAUGAAAGCUCGGAGUUGAGGUUUUUGUAAUUACUCUGGUGUAUAUAAUGUAUAAUUCAUGGGAAGCGGGGAGGGGCAUGGGGGGGGCCUGGGUUUGAAGUGUUCGAGUUUUGUAUACUCUUUCAUUUGUUUAUUUUUCUAUUCCCUCCUUCCCAUGCCUGCCACCCCUCAGGAUUUCACGUCUCCACGAUGGGCAACAUCUUCUCCAUAAUUUAUACCUACAUGAUAGCAUGAGAAGGUCUAUUUGCAUUUGCAACAUUUUCUGACGAAGAACUGAAAGGCAGUUCCAUUUUUAUUUUUAAUAAGCGAAAAGCAUAAAUCUUAGAAAACCUACGAAAAAGAAAUACUUUUAUGUUGCCCCUAAUCGUCCCACCAAGUGGAAUGCCUGUGAUUAGCCUCAUUAAGAGUUUUCUACUGUGAAGAUUUUAUUAGAAGCAAUAUAUGAAAAUUACUUGGAUUAAUGUGUUAAUCUUCCUCUUUAAAAUGCUAAUAUCCAUUUUAUGCACAUUAAAGCUCAGUGUGCAUUUUCUUUGAUGCAUGCAGUUUCUAUCAAUUAAAUAUAAAGAAUGAGACUUGGCACCAACUUAUUAAAUUACUGCAAGUUUUUUGUUUUUGGGGGGUGUUUUCCUUAAAAAUUGUAAUUCUUCCUAUUUGUAUUAUUUUCAUGGAUUGGUAAUGGUGAUGUUGAUAAAGGGAUCCAGGCAGGGAUGUGUGUACAUAAAGAGGAGAUAGAUACAGAUAGAUACAGGAAACUUACACUUUGAAAAUUUAGCUUAUGACAUAGAAUUACUUAAAGUAUGGCAUGCUUAGUUAGACCUGAAAGGAGUAUCUUUUUAUCAUUUUUAAAAUUUACAUCAAGCUUGUACAACGCUGGGGUGUAUCUGGAUAACCAGACCCUCACAAAGCAGCUUAGAAAGUUAAUUUUCUAGCUUUUACCCAAUCUCACUGAAGGAUUUAAUUGAUAUUUUUAAUGGAGCUGUGAAUCAAUGCUGCAAAGGAAUUGUCUCUAGAGGUCUAGGAUAUAACGCAUUUCAUUUUUUAAUUUACUUUUUUAUUUGUCAUUUUCUUCAAAGGAUUUUUAUAGGCUGCGGGUUUUCACUGUUUGCAAACAGGCUAUGUUCCUUCUUAAGCAUAUGUAAAGUAUUCAAGGAGAUAAGUAAUUUAUGAAAAUCUACCUAAUUUGCCGUGAUAUAUUAAAUCUCUGCUUCAGUGAUCACAGACCAUUUCAUUUAGAGAAUUAGGCAUUCCCUCUUUGUGUGAUUAAAGCUCUGGAAAAUGAGUUCUUUGCUCCUAUUUGUGAACAUUCAAAGCCCGCUAAUGGCAAGAAGAUGGAAUAGAUUAUGAGACAAUUCAUUACAGUUCAACAGAGAAAAAAAAAAGCAGCUAUAAUGCAAAAAUGCAAGUAUGAAUAUCUGCAUAUAGUUUGAACCAUCUGUGCUCUAAUGGCUUCAAUAAUGACUCUCGUCUUUAGGAGGCUUUGAAAUGACAUCCGUACAAUAUUAAUUUGUUGAUGUACAUUGUGGACCAGUAGAGUAUGAUCUGACCACAGAAAUCUACAAAUUCUGUUUCUACCAUUGGGCCUCCCUGUUUGGGGCCUGCCAUCUCCAAGAAGAAUCUUGCUCUCAUCAAACUCUGCAAAUCUUCAUAAUAACUCAUUCCUCUGGAACCUUCUAGAGACCACAAACAUCUGCAGACUAAACCUCUCCAAUCCUAGUAAACAGCCACAUGUUUGUUGUCACUUCAGCUGGCUCUGAGCUCAUCCUUUUGGCCUCUCUUGCUAGCUUUCUUUGGCUUUCUGCAGUUACAGUGUCAUUAAGGCCCAUGAUAUUCCCUGCAGUAAUUUAAAACAGCCGGAUUAUACCCUGGGAUUAACUGAGUGGUUUUUGAGACAUUUAUUGUGGUAUUCUCCCAGGAGGUUUGUAUUAUUGUUUCAAAACAUUACAUCCCCAGCGAAAUACUCUCUGCAGAGAGAAGGACCGGGUUGCACUGACUUCUAAUCUCUAAGUGGAGAGAGGACGUUUUUUAUGAGAAAACAGAUCUAGUCAACGGUGUGGAAUGUGUACCCCAGAUAAGAUUAGAGAAUUAGCCGUGUUUCUGUCACAUUCGUGUUUACCUUAAUGGAUUAUUAAAUAUUCCUUUUCUAGCUUUAAAAUACUCACCUUCAAACUACGUAAGUGUCCUCAAAACCCAUCUUCCUAAGUAACUGAGUAGGUGCUGACACAGUGGAGGUGGACGAGUGGUACGGACGGAAUCCUAUCACAUGGAUGCUUCAGUCGGGUUUCAUCCUCUUUCCAAGAACGGUUUUUUUGCUUCGUCUUGUGCUGAUCCGAGUUCAUGGAAAGGUUCACCACCUUUUGGGUUACAGAGCAGUGGUGUCCUUCUGGUGGGCCACACCUGUGCACUGAGUGUGGCUCGGGGGCAGGAAGGUACCCACAGCGGCCGUGCCGCACAGAUACACCAGGUCAGGCUAACACUGUGUGAACUUACACAGCUCUCGGUGGAAGCGUCCACAGUACACUCAGCACUUUUUGGGGCUGUAAUGCUAUUAGUUUGGAAAUAUAAAUAGAGAUGUGAUGUGGUGUGUGGGAGAGUGUAUUUUACAUGUAUUUUUGCCUACUGUAGUAGAAAUGUCAAAUUCCUAGCCACUGUCAUGAGAAGCAGUUGACAAAAAUAAGUUUUAUGGUUUACAAUGCGGUUUACAUAGAGAACAUUUCUCUUCACUCUCAGUUUCAACAUGUUUUCUAAAUUAUCAUGGUUUAUUGCCGUUUAACUUAAAUUAGUUUUUUUAAAGAAUAAAUAGAGAAUAUAUUUAACCAAAUAAAGAAC